UUGGCUGUGGAAGGUGCACCUUGAAUUCGCCGUCUGGAUUCCGACGUUGACUCAAGGCAGAUCGGAGGGUGAAAAAUGUCUGAAGCCACUGUUGCCGACACUCGCCGGUUGAACUCAAAACCCCAGGACCUAACAGAUGCUUAUGGUCCCCCCAGUAAUUUCCUCGAAAUCGAUGUGUACGACCCACAGACUAUCGGAGUUGGCCGGAACCGAUUUACAACAUACGAAGUGCGAAUGCGGACAAAUCUUCCCAUCUUCAAGCUGAAAGAGUCGUGUGUGCGGAGAAGGUACAGUGACUUUGAAUGGCUAAAGAAUGAGCUGGAGAGAGAUAGCAAGAUCGUGGUGCCCCCCCUCCCUGGGAAAGCCCUGAAGAGGCAGCUGCCCUUCCGAGGAGACGAGGGCAUCUUCGAAGAGUCCUUCAUCGAGGAGCGGCGGGUCGGCCUGGAGCAGUUCAUCAACAGGAUUGCAGGUCACCCAUUGGCCCAGAACGAACGCUGCUUGCACAUGUUCCUACAGGAGGAGAGCAUCGACCGAAACUACAUCCCUGGAAAAGUAUGAUUGAACGCCAGUGAUGCGGAGACGCGGGACACGCUCCACCCACGCCCCCGCCCCCCCUCCGGCUGCCGGUUUUAUCGUCCCGCUACGAUAAAGCCACGCUGCCACAGCCCCAGAUGACCCCACCAGCUGCACCCAGCUCCCUCCCGCUCCCUCUCACGCUCUCUCUCUCUCUCUCUCUCUCUCUCUCUCUGUACCCUCAUGUAAAUAACGUGUACAUAUAUAUCUAUAUUUCUGGGGAUGCAGCAGCAGAGCGCAUGUGCCACCGUGGCAGACCUGCAGCUUGAACCGGUGCCUCCCGACUUGCCAGCUGUGCACUGGCUAGGAAAAGUUGCAUUCUGUUGGAUGGGUGGGGUGGGGGGGGGAGAACAUUCUGCUGACUUGAUCUUUUUUUCCCCCUUUGUCAUUAUUAUUCCGAGACUGUUAGUUUGCAUCAAGUCAGGUUUCCACAUUGUUGAGUCACCCUCCGUGCCCCCCACCUUUCUGGCGGUUCUCCUCUCUUCUCUCUGACAGUUUGCCACUCCCUUAUCCUGCUCUGUUUGUGCGCGUGUCCACGGUCAGUUACACAGGCCGGCUCUGGGCACCCGGGCGAUCGAGUUUGUCCUGACUUUGGAGUAGAAUAUACUCGUGUGUGCGCACUACGCCACAUCUACUCACAGCACCUGUACCUUAAGCGGCGCUGUUUGCUAAUCCUCCGCCUCAUUUCUCUGUAGAGCAAAUUAGCCACCAGCGACGUGUGAAAAGCAAUGCACAGCUCAAAUGACUGCCCAGCCGAUUUGCAUCACGUUAGGUUAUCUGCUUAUCAGACACGCUUCUGUUUGGCCAAUUGCGUAGGUCGUCUUGUGCGUAUUAUCCACAUUAUCCAUUUAUUCUGGCUGAUAGUUACUGUAGUAGUUCUGGGUAAGCACCUGGCCUAAGGGUACCGCUGCUGUGCUUCACCUAGCAAUGAAAACUGCAGCCUUUGGUUUAGAAGUCUGGCUUCUUAACCACAACACCACACUGCCACCUAAAUUAUGGUAACACAUAACAGGAGUUAAGUGGGCUAAAUAACCACAGAUGGAAAGAGGCCAAACCAUGUCUCUGUGUUUCUAGUUGGAUUAAUGUACCUUAGAUUGAACUUGCAUAUCUAUCUUGUACCUAUUUGGAGGAAGGGGGGGAGGUAUCAGGACACUGUCUCCAUCUGUUUGCUUUCUGUACAUUCCGUUUGACAUCCCGCCUUUGAACAUCGCAAAGCCUCGUCAAUGUUUUAAAACAGGACCUGAUAAUAAUCGAAACCACUCAUCGUAUUAAAGACCCCGCUCAGUUCUGAGGCAUCCAUUGCCAAGUCUCGAUUGUGGAACAUCUGCUUACCUCCAGCAGUUGAAAUUGGUACCAGUCCCAAAUGCCACUAAAAGGUUAGCCGUGCACACCCACAUCUGUUUUUCCCCAGUCACAGGGGUAGCUUAAAAUUUGCCCUUUGGUGCCGACACAGGCACACUUGUGAGCCCUCGCCCACAUUUGGGACAGUGCUGUUAAUGUGGGGAUAACCAUAGAAAAAACUCCAGUAAAUGGACCAUGUCUUCCUGAACCUUCCCAUCCACUUUUCUGCAUUUACUCUCAAAUAGCAAAAGUGAAUAUUUUAUAUUAAUAUGCUUUUACCAUAUUAUUAUUUUUUUAUAAUUGUUUUGCAUCUUUACAUGUAUGUAACUGCUGUAAAUUGUAGUCUGGGCUUUGUUUCAGAUCUGCUGUCAGAUAUCCAUGUUCAUUUUAAACCACUGUGAAAACCAAUAAAGAGCUGGUUGUCCCUGUCUUAAGGAAAAAAAAAACGUUUAAAUUGUGCUUGGUUAAUCUCUGCAUUCUUUGUACUGCAUGUUUCUUCCAUGUUAACUUUUUUAUGAUGCUCCUUCAAGACCUUGUUUACUCGUCAACUUGUAUGAUUCUUCUUCUGGUUUGAGUGUCUGAAAAUUUGCUUUGCUGUGUCAGAUCCCACCAAUAAAAUUGUUGCAGUCUG